AUGGUAUAUAAAAAGAAUGAAAAAAUUAAGAAACCAUCAAACACAGGAGAAGAGAAUGAUUCGUUUGAAUUGGAGGAUAUAAGUAGGAGUAUCGUAAGGAAGGAAAGUACGGAUGCUUUGAGCAGAAGCAAUAAGAAGUUAUCUAGACAUUCCAGUGAAAGUGCAAACGAACCUCAAGAAGGAGCCGUGGAUUUAAAGAUGAUACCUGGAGAGAAUAGUCUUUUGAACAUUACCGUAUAUCGAACGGACAGACUUAAAGUUUCCCCAACUAUUUCCCGAUUAUUUGUUCGAGUUCAUAUUAUGGAUACGGAAACAGAAGACUAUUUGAAAAUCAGUAAUAAUAAUGGCACCUUGCAGGAAAACGUAGUGCCCAUCCUACCUAUUGAUACUAAGGUUGUGAAUACAAAGUACCAGGAUUUACUUAUACCAGUUUGGGACGACGUUAUUUUGAUAGAACAACGUUUUGAUAAGAUUGCAAGUAAAAAAAAUUCUAUUCUGUUUUUUGAAAUUCUGGAUACAGCUGAAAGUAUUUAUGGGAACAAUAGCAGUAACCAUGAAAUAUCUACAGAAAGAAGUAUUAAUUCUUUCAUGGUUGCAUGGGCUUUCCUGCGGCUGAGAAAUUCCAAUGGUGAGUUAAACACAGGUCAUAGAAAACAACGCUUACAAUUGUACGAACCGAUCAUUAAGAAGUCUUUGAAUUCAAUAGAGAAAAAACUUGGUAGUUUACCACUUGGAAAAGUGUCAACUUUAAGUGCUUUACAGAAGAAUCAACUGAUGAAAAAUAACUGUCCUAACAUCUCAGAAUAUAAUUCAAUGGAAUCAGGUUAUCAUUUAUUAUCCUGUUGGAAAUCUGGCAACCGAUAUAGAGUACCGUAUCCCUCGUCACUCUAUGUGACUGUAAAAUCAGUGAAUAAAACUGAACGAACGAAAAAUCAAAUGAAUGAAAAGUCACUUCAUAAAAUGACUAAACUAUCUGAACAGCCUCCUACACUAAGUAUGAUCGAUCUGAAUGAGUCAGGUGUGCCAAUUAUUAACAGCAUAUCGGACAAUGAUGAAGAUGCCACGAAUGUUAUGAAUACUGAAAUAAGUGAACUAAUGGAACUACAAAAUUCUUGGCUUCGUAGGUCGAGCCAGCCAUGUCGUAUUCCAAAUAAACUUGUUGGCUAUGGAAUUACAACGCAUAUGCAUUUGAAUAGUGAUAAUAAUGAUUUAUCAACAGACAGAACAUCAAAAAAUCAGAAUCUUCUACCAAUGACAAAAUCUUAUGGUGCUCAGUGUUUAUCAUUUUCACCGGAUGGCAAAUGGUUGGCGGUCGGAGUUAUACGACACUUCAUGCCAAGUGGUACAACUGGAUAUUAUUCAGAUAAUAAAUUAAACAGAAUGGAUUGUUCUAUUUUAAUUUACAAGUUCCCGUUUAGUGGUAAACGCAGUCAGCCAACUUUGGAACUUGCGGGACAUUCAGAUAUAAUCUAUUCUCUAGAUUGGGCAAAGACACCUAUAUUCCAAAAUCCAAAUAACAAAGUUGAUGAAACAUCUCCAAGAAAAAUUUCUGGUGAUACAAAAGUAUUUUGGAUUCUGGCGUCUGGUUCAGCUGAUGGAACUGUACGUGUAUGGAGAUUACAUCUUACUAAAUUAUACAGAAAAACUGUUGGUGAAUAUAUUCCUGUUUCGUAUUCAGACACUAAAACUACCCGUGAAUUAACUUCAGCUCCAAUUCAAGUUGGUCAGAUUAUUAAUGGAUCAUCUCACAAGAGAGGUGUUUUAUGUAAUGUACUUGGUCAUCCAAACUUUGUUUACAGUGUAGUAUUCAAACCUACGUCUACAGAACUAGAUGGACAAGAAUUUCAAAAUAUUCAAACUUUGUUAAAUCGUGCACAUCUGCUCGCAACAGGAUGCUACGACCGUAAUAUUCGACUGUGGAGCAUUAAACACAGUCAAGCUCAGUUGUUACAAGAACUGAAUGGUAUACAUCAAUCACAUAUAAACAGUUUAACAUUUGACAAAAAUGGAUCCCAUUUAUAUUCCGGUGAUGCAUCUGGUCUAAUUGUUGUCUGGCAAAAGACAAACAGUCAACGCAAUCAAGUUAAAUCUCAUUCGAAGUGGAUAUUUGAAAAGAAGAUUGAAGUUCGAGAACUAGAGAUGUGUGUAAUCAAUCACUUGGAGUUUCAUCCAACUAUGAAUUUAUUACUGGUACACACACGAGAUAACUGUCUUAAAAUGCUUGAUUUACGAUCAGAUUUCAUCACGACGCGAUUCCAUGGAGCUUUGAAUAAUACAGAACUAUUGCGUAGUUGUAUUUCGCCUUGUGGUACAUUCAUUUUCUCUGGGUCUGAAGAUGGAAACGUCUACGUUUGGAAUGUGAAUACAGGUGAUCAGGUGGAAAUUUACCAGAAUCUUUUGUUGCCUGGCUCUGUAACGUCUAUAAGUUAUCAUCCAACAGAUAAUGUUAUAGCUUUUUCGGCUGUUGGACCAGAUUCCCCAGUUAUUGUAUAUGCAUAUGAUAUUAAAGCAAGUAAACUAUCACAGCCCAGAUCAAAGGACGAGAUAUUUCAAGUACAAGGAGAGUAUGAAGACAGUACUGAACCACCACCUGACAUUCUGACAUCUCAUGUCAAGUUUAAACAACGUAGUGCAGAGAGAAUUUUACAUGCAAUGUCUAAAUUGGAAAGCGUCCUGAAUUUUUCGAAACCUAUGACAUACAGUUUUGACAAUCAGAAUAAUUUACAUGAGUUGGAAUGGAGACCAACAUACACUGUAAUCGAUGAGACUUCUAAUCAACGAAAUUUGGCAAAAAAUUUCGAUUCAACAUCUGCUUCUCAAUCACAACUGCACAGGUCGGGAGGGAAAGCAAAUUUAUUCACGGUUUUAUACGAUUAUCAGGCUCAGAGAUCUGAUGAACUGAGUCUUAAUCGUGGUGAUAUUGUGAAAAUAUUGUAUAAAGAUACCCCUAAAUGGUGGAUGGCAAAGUUGAUUCGUACUGGUCAGGAAGGAUUUAUACCUGCCAGUUAUGUGUCAGAAGAAUUUUCCGGUGAAGUAGACGCCAGUAGCCGCCAAACAACAUCAGUAAAUACAGGAAAGCAGUAUAAUGCGUUAGGAACAAAUUUAAAUUCGCAGUCACAAUUUCCUAGUGAUGAAAUAAACCGGUCUGAAAUGGUGCAAAACAACAACCUUCCACCAAGGUAUUUCAACAAAGUCGGCAGCAGUAACUAUGAUUCAGUGGAUUCCCAAACAAAACCACGUACAAGCAGUAAUUCAGAUGAACAAUCCAAUGCAACUAAUCUAGGUUUAAUGAGAAAACGUAAAAGUUCUGCAAGACCGUUACCUACACUGAGUUAAAUACUGAC